AUGACUGACUUCAUCGCCAAGGAACAAGCUGCGUACCCGGAUAUUGCACAGCGCUACCAGGCGCUCGAGAACCUGCACGUCCGCAAACUUUAUCAUGAGCUAACUGGCGAACUUGAGGCUUUUGUGCGCGAUCCCAUGUGCCACAAAUACCCACUGAACCUGCCUAAGUUGUAUCACGAGUUCAUCCAGCCUAUUCAAGACAAGCUCAAUCCGAUUCGACUCGUCGUCAUAUGUUCUGAGAUCAGUGCCCAAUUCGCUGAUGCUGCGAAGGCACAGGAGUUUAUGGAGCAAUUGCUGGGCCAGCUAAGCGAAAAGACUGCGCAUGAGGCUGUUUUGUUGUGCAAAAUGCAGAUUGCACAGCUAAAAUUUUGUCGUGGUGCUGAGUUCUUACCCGAAGUCAAGGCUACGGUGGAUGAUGACAAGCCAGUGAUUGAAGCACUCGUGGGUGCAGAACCUGUAGUUCAUGCGGCCUAUUAUCGAGUUGCUUGCGACUACUAUGGAGCGUUGGGUCCAGCAGACAAAUUUUACAAGAACGCACUCAUGUUCUUGGCUUACACUCAAUAUAAUGAGAUGCGUCCGGAUCAGCGUUUCGAUUUGGCUGUUAAUAUUAGUAUUGCAGCUCUUACUGGUGAUGGCGUCUUUAACUUUGGUGAAGUGUUAGCGACACCGAUUUUGCGCGCGUUGGAAGGCACAGACAAGCAAUGGUUGUCGGACCUACUGCAUGCAUUUAAUAAGGGCGACAUUGAUCGGUUUAAUGAGAUUGUCGGCCAAAAUAGCAAGGAAUUUAAUUCGCAACCGGCACUUGUGAGUAAGCAAGAGUAUGUGAAGGAGAAAGUCGCGCUUUUGGCUUUGAUGGUGCUGGUGUUUCAACGUCCGUCACAUGAACGUAACAUUUCGUUUCACGAGAUUGCUGAAAUAACACGCUUGCCACUGAAGCAGGUUGAGUGGCUCGUGAUGCGUGCACUGUCAUGCAAGCUCAUCAAAGGAUCCAUUGACCAGGUAGAUGGCAUCGUGCGUGUCACAUGGGUUCAGCCGCGCGUGCUAGAUAAUUCACAGCUACAGGAGCUCGUAACUCGCCUAGAUGGCUGGGAAAAAAAGGUGAACUCGACCUUGUUGUACGUGGAGGAACAAACCCCGGAGCUAUUUCAGUAG